UGUCUGCCAGCUCCAAACUGCAUACGCGCCACGCAAGCAACUGCAUCAUCCAAACUACUGCGGUUGCUGACAUAAUACAUGUGUAACAGUCGACCGCAAUGCUUCUGGCUCGACUCGAGGAGGAGAACAGCAAGUUAGCCUCGAACCCAAAAGGUAUCAAGGUGAAGGUGGUCGAGCAACCGGCAGCUCGUCAUCCUGCAACUCGCCAGCCGAGACCGCCAUCGAUGGCGCAGCUACGUGAUAUGGUCAAUGGGCCUACGCCUGUCGCCCUGCGGUACUCGGUGCUACCCCCGCCUCCAAUGACUGAGUUGCAAUUUUACAUGGCCUUGGUCAGGGACUACCAACAGACAGCGGCUCGUCUGCCAACGCUGUUGUCCAAGAAGAUUCGCAAAGGCAUCCCACCGCCGCUACGAGGCGUUGUUUGGCAAAGCAUGACAGGAGCACGCGAUAAUGUACUGCUGGAACAAUUCGAGACACUCAGCGGCGAAUCGAGUCCCUAUGAGGGUAUCAUCGGCAAAGAUCUGGGAAGGAGUUUCCCAGGCGUGGAGAUGUUCCGUGAAGCAGACGGCGACGGACAACGGAUGCUGGCUAGAGUGCUGAAGUGCUUCAGUCUCUAUGAUCAGAAGAUUGGCUAUUGCCAAGGACUUGCCUUUCUGGUUGGACCUCUGCUGAUGCACAUGCCGGAUAACCUGGCCUUCUGCGUGUUGGUUCGGCUGAUGGAGAACUAUGACCUACGCGCAUGUUUCCUACCGGAUUUGUCUGGGCUGCACGUCCGAAUUUAUCAAUUCCGCGAACUGCUGCGCCAGAACCAGCCCGGUUUAUCGGCCCACUUGGAGGAGCUCCAGGUCGAUCCGGCAUACGUUUCACAAUGGUUCCUCUCCUUUUUCGCCGUCACCUGCCCCCUGCCCAUGCUGUUUCGCAUCUACGAUGUCAUCUUUGCCGAAGGUGCGUCGGAAACAGUCAUGCGGGUGGCCCUCUCGCUUAUGCGCAAGAACGAGAGCCGCAUUCUGGCAUGUUCCGAGCUUGAAGAUGUGAUGCAGCUUCUCCUGUCCCGGGGUCUUUGGGAUUGUUAUCACUACAACGCCGAUGAAUUCGUCGACGAUUUCGUUAGCCUUUCCAACGUGGUAUCGCGCGAGAAGCUAGCACAGCUCGAGCUGAAUUACAGGGAAGCGCAGAUCCCUACCGCAAAUGCAGCCCGCACCUCGGACGUAACCACAGCAGCCUCUCGCUUUUUGGGACGCCUGUGGACCACGACAAGUUCCAGUGGCUCUUCUACCAAAUCCGCCUUUGGCGCACUAUCUCCUGGGCUCAUUGCUCCGUCGCGACCCUUGAGCAUGCUCCGCCGCAGCACAUCGAAGCAAAGCUUGGCGUCGACCCUCAAUUCCAUGGAGACCAGCUCUGCUAGUGUCUUGAGUUCUGCAUCGACCGACGCCACUACCAUAUCGCGCCCUUCGUCUAAUGCUGACGAUGCAUCAAUCCGUGAAUCAACACCUACCCUGUCCAAACAAAUGGCCGUGGGCUCCGGCGUUGCUACCGAGAGCAAGGCUUUGCAUAGUCAGAUUGAAGACCUGCUCACUGCGCUCAGUGAGUUGCAGCGUAACCAUGCAUUGCUCGCAACUCAACUGCAGACGGAAAGGGAGGAAAGAGAAGAGGAGCGGACAGCAGUCAAGUCAUUGAUCCAGGGAUUGAAGGAAUCGCACGCGACUGAGGUGGAGGGUGAUGAUGAUGAUGCUAUGCCGCAACUGUUAUCCCAGCUCAUCGAGGGCGUGGAAGAGCGUUUCGGCCAAGAGGAUAAGCGCAACAGCCAAGGCCCCAACAAUUCGGAGACGAAACAACAAUUGCGAGAUGAAUUGGCACGAACGAAGGAGCAUCUCAUGGUUGAAGUGUCGCGGUCGCAAGACUUGAAUCGCCAGAUUGAUGAGAUCGGUUCAGAGGCCCAGACACUGAAGGACCAACUGCGAGACAGCCAUGCACAUGUUCGAAACCUACACCAGGACAAGCAGCGGCUCGAGAAGCAAGUACAGGUCAUGCGCGUUCGGGCUUCUGCCGACAACCAGGCCGCCAACCAGGCCGCCACAUCCGCAGCAGAGCCGUCUGGUUGGCUUACAUCUGCUGCCAAUCUGGCCAUGGGUGCUUCUGCUCCGACGUCUGCCCCUGCUGGCGGACUCCGCGAGCUAAAGCUGGGGCGCAGCAAGUCGACACCAAACGGUACGAGGGAGCACUUUACCAAACGUAACUCGUCGCUGGUUAGAACCCAGACAGAGCCGAUGAACCCCUCAACGCCUAAUGAGCAUGAGUCCUUGCUCAUGGAUCUCGUGCAGGCCAAGACUGCGGAGGCGGUCGCGAGACAGGAGGCAGAUGAGCUUAAGCAGAAGCUCGAGAGUCUCAAGAAAGCAUAUGGCAUAGCACCAGGCGAAACGCCAGGUGCGGUGAACGGUGCGGCUAACGGUACGACUGGCAUGUUUGGAAGACUCGCGGGAGCCAGCCCGGAUGCUGGCGCUAAGAGCGUGACAUCGACGUCGCCACCGGCCAUACAAAGAAGUGUCUCAUCGGCAUCGUCAGCGAACGGCGGAUUCUGGGGCUGGGGGAGGAAGACUUGAUGGAUCUUUGGCGACUUCGAUUCUCGUUUACUAUGACCAAUUUUUUUUUUUUUUUGCAUGGCAUUGCGACGUUUUUUUCUUUUCUUUUCCCCUUUUUGUUUCUG